CAUGCACCACCCAACGACGCGACACCACAACAUCGCGUGUACAGCAGUGCAGCUUACGAUAAUGUCUAAAGAAAUUCUCACUCGUCGUCUCAGACCCCAUCUGUUCCACGGCUUCCAGCGUCUACACUCCGUUUCUGCAACGCGUGCCAUCUCGUCUUCCGCCCACAAUCUUGCUAAGCAGUCGCAGCCUGACGUGACACAUGACUACCAAAAAAGAGUAGCCCAGCUGGAAGCUCGCAGACCCAGAGCAGAAUGGUACCCCAGGAUAGGCGAUAUCGCGCCAGUGCGAGGUCUUGAUGAGCGAAGGAUCUCGAGGAGCACCAUAGAACAGCAUGGGAGUCAGCUGCAGCCUGGCGAGACAUACAAAGAAGCGUCCUCAGAGGGCUUCACCUUAGCUGGACGCAUCAACACAAUUCGCACAGCUGGUUCCAAGCUCGUAUUCGUUGACAUUGUGGUUGGUGAUGGCACAAUCCAAGGCGUUGUCCAGCUGAGCACUCUGCAAGCGUAUGACCCGCACGUUACGAUUGACUCCUUCAAGGCCUUCAGCAAGACUGCCAGGAAAGGCGACUCAUGGUUAGUCAAAGGCCACAUUCAUCGCACCGAGCGUGGUGAGCUGUCCAUUCUGGCGACACAAGUUCCUACUUUGCUGGCGCCUUCGCUGCAUCAGAUCCCGGAGUCCCUCGAAGACCCAGAAGCACGAGCAAGAAAUCGCCACGUCGACAUGCUCGUCAACCCGGAAGCCAUCGAGACCAUCAAAGUGCGGCAUCAGGUUGAGGCCAAGAUGCAAGACUUCUUCAACAGACUGGGCUUCACCAAGGUCACAACGCCGCUAUUGAGUUCCAUGGCUGGCGGAGCAGCAGCACGGCCCUUCGAGACUGUGGCCACCGAGUUUUCUGAUGAAACGCUGAAUCUUCGCAUUGCGCCCGAGCUGUGGCUGAAACGCUUGAUUGUCGGUGGAAUGGACAAAGUGUACGAAAUUGGACCUGCUUUCCGCAACGAAGGCGUGGAUGCCACUCACAAUCCGGAAUUCAACAUCUGCGAAUUCUACCAAGCGUAUGCUACCCUCGAGGAUCUCAUGCAAACCACGACGCAGCUGCUUUACGCCCUGAAUGAACAUAUCUAUGAGCUCAGAGAGCAGAAAAAGCUUCAAAACUUGAAGCACGUUGACCUCAAUCCAACUACACCCUCUGGUGAACGCAAACUCAACUGGCCAACCAUAUUCCCUACGAUCGAAUUCAUACCUGCACUCGAAGAAAAGCUCAACAUCUCCUUCCCGGACCUUCAGAGUUCCAACGCACAUUCACAAAUCCUCGAAAUCUUUACUCAAAACGACCUCUCCAUCCCUUCGAACCCAACUCUCCCUCGGCUCCUCGACGCUCUUGCAGCGGAAUACCUCGAACCUUUAUCAUCCACCAAACCACUGUUCAUCACUCAUCACCCAGCUUGCAUGUCUCCUCUAUCCAAACACUUUGUCUGUCCAAAAACCUCUCAGAUUGUCGCUGCUCGAGCAGAACUCUUCUACCAAGGUCGCGAGUACGCAAACAUGUACGAGGAAGAAAACAGCCCGUUCGAACAAAGGCGCAAAUUCGAAGAACAGGUGCAAUUGAGAAAUGAUGGGAAAGAUCAGGAGGCGAUGAAGUUGGAUGAACAGUAUCUGAGGACCUUGGAAUGGGGCUUGCCUCCUACGGGCGGCUGGGGUUGUGGCGUUGAUCGCUUGGUUAUGCUAUUUAGUGGGAGGGAGAGGAUGGGUGACGUGUUGGCUUUUGGAACGCUGAGGAAUGUGGUUGGGUUAGGGAAGGUUUGAGUGAGGAAGGAGCAAGAAGGAAGACAGAAGAGGAAUUUUGCGCCCAACUCUGGACGGUGAAGCGCAGCGGGCUCUGUGGUGAUCUCCACUCGUUGCCUGUGAAUUCAUAUUCUGCAGGAGACUGACCAGGACCUCCACUUGCAGUACUGAAUCUUCAUUCGAUUCUCCGACCACAUUUUAGUGGGGUCCAGGGCUCCUCCGCCUCACGUGUGGCCACUGCACGCAGCACUUGGCUUGAGCGAAUGGUCAGAAUCGACGAACAGCAAACCAUCCGCGAGCAAAAAGGAGCAAAGUACGUGCAUGUCUCUGACAGAUCUUUGCACCGAGGCUGUGCUCCUUUCCCCAGCCGAGCAGCAGAGCACUGGCAAUCUUUCCGGAGAGAACUAAAUCAUCUGUGGUCGCUUGUACGGGUGACAGUCGAGUCCGAAAGACUUCCACAGUACGAUUCCAUCCUGGUUCAAGCUGGACGGCAGAGUCUUCAUUAGAAUUUCGGAGAAAGAUAUGCCGACACUCCUGUUCUUUGGAGAUGUCUCCUAAGGAUAAUUUUGUCAUGUGUUCAAUUCGUCGGCAGGACCGUCCACCUUCUGUCUGAGAAGGAGAUACCUAUUUGAAGUACAAGAUACAUACAACAUGCAACGAUGGCUCAGACAGAUUUUUGGGUCGCUUCCAUGACUCUUCGCUACGUUGGGGAGCAGAGCGUCCAUUGCUUCCAUGGAGCAAGCAGGACUUUUCGGGAUCGUGUAACCCUUAAAUAUCCUGUUUCAGACAUGGCUUUGUGGCACGACUCUUCCAUUAGCUAACCGUAGGAGCUGCGAAGUGUCACUUGUUGCAGAGUGAGGGAUAAUUUCUGGCGAUACAAGCAAUUCAAUAUGGUACGACGCUCAAUUGAUCUUGCUCAUCACUUGAUCAUCUUGUGCACGUCUCAUUCUCACA